AUGACCCUCCCCGAGAAUCUUGCUGAUAACGCCAGUACCAAGAUGGCCUUCCGCAGCUGGCAGUCGUUUCCACCAUCACCACCAAUACCUUCUCCUCUGACACCCUACAGAAUCACCGACGUCAAACUCCCAGGCCUGGACAAAUAUACCCCGGAACAACUCUUCUUCAUCGCAUACGGUCGUCUCCGGUGCACCAAUAUGACACCAGGGUCACCUGUAGACCUCGUCAACCACAACAGCCAUUCGUCUCCUAAAUGGCGAAUCAACGGCGCCGCCCAGAACUCGUCCGAUAUCGCGAGAGCGUUCAAGUGUAAGGCGGGUGCGAUUAUGAACCCUAACAAGAAGUAUGAGGUGUUGUAG